AUGGUGCAGGACGGCUCCAUACCGCCAUCUCUUGGCUUCGAGAAGCGCUUCCAGAGCGGUGACGCAGCGUUCCGCACGCGGGCUGAAUCGAGGCGGAGUUCCAGCUGGCGUGUUGCUAAAGAUUUGUCUCGGGGGUCACCGCCCGCGGGGGCGAGAGUAGCCAAUCAGCGGCUGCGGGCAGAGGCCUCGGGCUCCACCCCCAAGCCUCACUUCCGCCGUCGCUGCCGUAAGUCAGGCGGGAGGUUUGCCGCAUCACGGAAGAUGGCGGCCGCGACGGUCAACGGGGCGACGGGCGUCCCGAGCUCCGGGGCCGCGGCGGCUUCGGGCGCUGUCCUGCAGGCCGCAGCCGGCAUGUACGAGCAACUCAAGGGCGAGUGGAACCGCAAAAGUCCCAAUCUGAGCAAGUGCGGGGAAGAGCUGGGCCGCCUGAAGCUGGUGUUGCUGGAACUCAACUUCCUGCCCACUACCGGGACCAAGCUAACUAAGCAGCAGCUCAUUCUGGCCCGUGACAUACUGGAGAUUGGGGCCCAGUGGAGCAUCCUGCGCAAGGACAUCCCCUCCUUCGAGCGCUACAUGGCCCAGCUCAAGUGUUACUACUUUGACUACAAGGAGCAGCUCCCUGAGUCUGCUUACAUGCACCAGCUGCUGGGCCUGAACCUCCUCUUCCUGCUGUCCCAGAACCGGGUGGCAGAGUUCCACACAGAGCUGGAGCGCCUACCUGCCAAGGACAUCCAGACCAACGUCUACAUCAAACACCCAGUGUCCCUUGAACAGUACCUGAUGGAGGGCAGUUACAACAAGGUGUUCCUGGCCAAAGGCAACAUCCCUGCUGAGAGCUACACCUUCUUCAUUGACAUCCUGCUUGACACUAUCAGGGACGAAAUUGCUGGGUGCAUUGAGAAGGCGUAUGAGAAGAUCCUCUUCACCGAGGCCACGCGGAUCCUCUUCUUCAACACACCCAAGAAGAUGACCGACUAUGCCAAGAAGCGAGGCUGGGUCCUGGGUCCCAACAACUACUACAGCUUUGCCAGCCAGCAGCAAAAGCCGGAAGACACCACCAUCCCCUCCACAGAACUGGCCAAGCAGGUCAUCGAGUAUGCUCGGCAGCUGGAGAUGAUUGUGUGAGCGUGCGGGCCCGCAGUGCGGCCCAGCGUGUGGUCCUCAACACCCUUCUGGGGCCUGCGGCCUCCAAUAAAGUGGAUUCCCAUU